CCUCCCUCCCGCCGGGCCUUCGCGGGAGGCUGGGAAUCCGGGGCAGGCACUGGCCCGCAGGGAUCCGCCGCCCUCCCUCAGCGCGUCCACUUCCGUCCCGGCGGGAGGCGCCUCCGCCCCGCCCGCCCCGACAGUCCCCGGGCACGGCGGGCAGUCUCCGCGCGGGGAGAACGCAGGCUCCGGGCGGCGGACAGCCCACCUUCAAUCUCUGCAAUGGCUAAUGAGGCUCACCCUUGUCCGUGUGACAUUGGGCACAGGCUAGAGUAUGGAGGAAUGGGACAGGAAGUUCAAGUCGAGCACAUCAAGGCUUAUGUGACCAAGCCCCCCUUCCACACGGGCAAGGCUGUGAUCGUCAUUCAAGAUAUAUUUGGCUGGCAGUUGCCCAACACCAGAUACAUGGCUGACCUGAUCGCAGGAAAUGGAUACACGACCAUCGUCCCGGACUUCUUCGUAGGUCAGGAGCCAUGGCACCCGUCUGGGGACUGGUCCACCUUCCCGGAGUGGUUGAAAACAAGAGAUGCCAGGAAGAUUGAUAAGGAGGUGGACGCCGUGCUGACGUACCUGCAGCGGCAGUGCGGCGCGCAGCGCAUCGGCGUCGUGGGAUUCUGCUGGGGGGGCGUGGCCGUCCACCACGUGAUGAUGACGUACCCCGGGCUCCGGGCGGGGGUGUCCGUCUACGGCAUCGUCAAGGACUCUGAAGACGUGCACAGUUUAAAGAACCCCACGUUGUUCAUUUUUGCUGAAAAUGAUGCUGUGAUUCCCCUUGAGCAAGUCUCUUUGCUGACCCAGAAGUUGAAAAAACACUGCAAAGUGGAAUAUCAAAUUAAAACAUUUUCUGGGCAAACCCAUGGCUUCGUGCAUCGAAAGAGAGAAGAUUGUUCAGUGGAAGACAAGCCCUAUAUUGACGAAGCAAGAAGAAAUUUACUUGAGUGGCUGCAUAAGUAUGUUUAGCUGCGGCCAAGCGCAACUUCCUCAAAACAGCUUGCCAGCACCCAGAAACGUGCUUUGGGGUAUUUGGAUCGUUUGAUUUAAUUUUCACUUUAUAUGAACCAGGGAAUCCUGAAACUCAUUAUUUCCUCUGUUAAUGCAUGAUAUAAUUUAACUUUUAACAUGUUAAAAAAGCCCCUAAAACAAAGAAUUUGAAUGAUAGGGUAAUAUCCUAACUGUAAGAACCUAGGGCUGCUGGGGCGCCUGGGGGGCUCAGUCUUCAGCUCGGGUCAUGAUC